GAGAGGAGGGGAAAGAGGAGGAGGAGGAGGAGGGGAGCUCGGCCGCGCUGCACGCACACCCGGCAGCCCCAAAGAGCACAACCCCAAACCUACUGCCCGUUUGAAGAUCUAAGCCAAUUUUGAUCUCGGUCUGUAAUGAGCCAAGGACCUUGGGUGGGGGCUGGGGGAGGGAAGGGAGGAGUGGAAAGACCGCUGGAACUUUAAAUAAGAAAAACGUUUCUAAUGCUCUAAUAGAAGAGGGAAGUCGAAGUGUUGGGAUUGCGUAGAUCUAAGGCCCCCCUUUUUGGAGGAAAGCUUUUCUUAUUCAAAACAGCAUCACAAUGGGCUUCACAUUGAGCCUUGCCACAUCCCCAUCUGAGUAGCAGCCAUUCAUCAGGCUGGCUGGCCUAUCAAUGACAUUUCUCCCAUCAGGGCUUCUAUAAAAUGAUGCUUUUUCCCAUGAAACAUCCGCAAACAUUUUGACGGGUCUGGCUUUGCCCUGCUGGAUUACGGAGUGUCCCUCUCUCCCGCUUUACACCCCCCUCCCCAACUAUCUGCCUCUGCCCUGUCUCCCCACCCCCUCGCCGCCACCCUGCUCCCUCUCCCCCGCGCAUCUCUGAGACAGGGGCUCUGCACACCCCGGGACCUUGGGGCUCCCGUCCCGUCCAUGGGAAGAGCAUGCAUUGCGGGUUGCUGGAGGAACCCGAUAUGGACUCCACAGAGAGUUGGAUUGAACGAUGUCUCAAUGAAAGUGAAAACAAACGUUAUUCCAGUCACACCUCUCUGGGGAAUGUUUCUAAUGAUGAAAAUGAGGAAAAAGAAAAUAAUAGAGCAUCAAAACCGCAUUCUACUCCAGCUACACUGCAAUGGCUGGAGGAGAACUAUGAGAUUGCAGAAGGUGUUUGCAUUCCUCGAAGUGCUCUCUACAUGCAUUACUUGGACUUCUGUGAGAAAAAUGACACACAGCCUGUUAAUGCUGCCAGCUUUGGGAAGAUAAUAAGACAACAGUUUCCACAACUAACGACAAGAAGGCUUGGAACCAGAGGCCAAUCAAAGUACCAUUAUUAUGGAAUUGCAGUGAAAGAAAACUCCCAGUAUUAUGAUGUGAUGUAUUCUAAAAAAGGAGCAGCCUGGGUCAACGAAACAGGAAAAAAAGAAGUAACCAAACAGACAGUGGCGUAUUCACCCCGAUCCAAACUGGGAACAUUGCUGCCAGAGUUUCCAAAUGUCAAAGAUCUAAAUCUGCCAGCCAGUCUGCCAGAGGAGAAGGUUUCUACCUUUAUUAUGAUGUAUAGGACUCACUGUCAGAGGAUACUAGACACUGUAAUAAGAGCAAACUUUGACGAGGUUCAAAGUUUUCUUCUGCACUUUUGGCAAGGGAUGCCUCCUCAUAUGCUGCCUGUACUGGGUUCUUCAACUGUAGUGAACAUAGUGGGAGUUUGUGACUCAAUUCUGUACAAGGCAAUUUCUGGAGUUUUGAUGCCAACGGUACUACAAGCCUUACCUGACAGUUUGACGCAGGUGAUCCGAAAGUUUGCAAAGCAACUGGAUGAGUGGCUGAAAGUAGCUCUCCAUGAUUUACCAGAAAACCUACGAAAUAUCAAAUUCGAGUUGUCCAGAAGAUUCUCACAAAUACUACGGCGACAGACAUCCCUAAAUCAUCUCUGCCAAGCAUCAAGAACAGUGAUCCACAGUGCAGACAUCACAUUUCAAAUGCUGGAGGACUGGAGGAAUGUGGAUCUGAAUAGCAUUACCAAACAAACCCUCUAUACUAUGGAGGACUCACGGGAGGAACACAGAAAGCUCAUCAUACAAUUGUAUCAGGAGUUUGAUCACCUUUUGGAGGAGCAGUCCCCCAUUGAGUCGUACAUCGAGUGGCUGGAUUCCAUGGUGGACAGAUGUGUUGUAAAGGUAGCUGCCAAGAGACAAGGCUCUUUGAAGAAGGUAGCUCAGCAGUUCCUCCUGAUGUGGUCCUGUUUUGGCACUCGAGUGAUUCGGGACAUGACUUUGCACAGCGCACCCAGCUUUGGGUCUUUUCACCUUAUUCACUUGAUGUUCGAUGACUAUGUAUUAUACCUGCUAGAAUCCCUCCAUUGUCAGGAGAAAGCUAAUGAGCUAAUGAGGGCAAUGAAGGGAGAAGGAAGCACAGCAGAAAUAAGAGAAGAAAUUAUUCUGAGUGAACCAGCUGCUCCAACUCCCUCCCCAGCACCGUUCUCCCCAGCUAAAUCUGCCACCUCUGUGGAAGUGCCCUCUGCCCCAUCACCCAUCAGCAACCAGUCCCCAGAGUAUGGUGGCAUAACAGCUACUACAGGGGCUAUGCAAUCCUACACAUGGUCACUCACCUACACUGUGACAACAGCUGCUGGGUCACCUGCUGAGAAUUCCCAACAGCUGCCCUGCAUGAGGAGCCCACAUGUACCUUCAUCAUCUGUCACACACCGGAUACCUGUGUAUCCCCACAGGGAAGAACAUGGAUACACAGGAAGUUACAACUAUGGUAGCUAUAGCAACCAGCAUCCCCAUCCAAUGCAGAGUCAGUAUCCAUCCUUACCACAUGAUACUGCUAUUUCUGGUCCACUUCACUACUCAGCUUACCACAGAAGCUCUUCACAGUACCCUUUCAACGGCCCAACAUCAAGAAUGGAGCCCUGUUUGAUGAGCAGCACUCCCAGGCUGCAUCCCACGCCAGUGACUCCGCGCUGGCCCGAGGUCCCAGCUGCCAACUCCUGCUACACGAGCUCCUCCAUGCACUCCACAAGAUACGGGAACUCCGGUGACAUGUACACGCCCCUGACGACACGCAGGAAUUCUGAGUACGAGCACAUGCAACACUUUCCCGGCUUUGCCUACAUCAAUGGGGAAGCCACCACGGGCUGGGCUAAGUGAAGAUGACUGGUGCCAGCUGAGCCCACACACCCACAAGAGUUACAAAAGCUUCGUGCCGUGUGGGACUUUUGGUGGACGUUCUUCAAGGGAGGUGAAAAUGGAAAGGAUCCCGGGCAGAUAAAUGUAGUUCCUAAUGUGGGCAGACCAGUAUGAUUGAAUGUUCCUGUAGCCGAAAAAUACUUCUGUGCUGUUCUAGAACACUUUUUGGGCUGACCUGUGCCUUUUUCAAUUCUGGGCCAACCCUGUGUGCUCCCAGUUUGAGUGAGC